GCGCCAACCGAUGCUAUCCGUCCUGAAAACUCGACGCCAUACACAUCUGAUAUUGUUCAAUAGUCCUUAUCAUACUGUUAUCGACCCCAAAAAUGGUUCACGCCGACGCCUCAAAUUUCGCUUCCGGCGUUACUAAAGAAGACGCCUAUGAGCAAGUCCUGCUCCAAGCUGAGGGCCUUCUGACUGAUCAACGGAACUGGGUUUGCAACUUGGCCAAUGUAGCCUCACUACUAUGGCAUGCAUACAAAUCUUUGCCAGCUCCAAGUGCUGCAGUCAAUUGGGCAGGCUUCUACGUUCUUGACCCCUCUGUGAGCAAGCCACAGCUCAUCCUCGGGCCGUUCCAAGGGAAAGUGGCCUGCCAAACCAUCCUCUUCGGCCGCGGAGUCUGCGGUACGGCUGCCGAGACGCGGAAGACGCAGCUCGUGAAAGACGUCGAAUCGUUCCCGGGUCACAUUGCUUGUGAUGGCGACAGCAAGAGCGAGAUUGUCGUCCCCAUUGUGGCCACAUCCAAAGACGGACAGGAAAAGGUGGUGGCUAUCAUCGAUAUUGACUGUGCCGAACUAGACGGCUUCGACGAGGUCGACCAGAAGCAUUUGGAGGAGUUGGCAGCUCUGCUUGCUCGCAGCUGCGACUGGUGAGUCUGGGGUGGCCUGAUGACGCGGGCGACUGGAGGAGCAAUGUCGUAGUAUUUGAGUCCUUAAAGAAAGUUGUCCCGAGACUCGGCAGGCUCA